AUGAAGUUUAAAAACAUUUUGUUUGUGUCCCUUUCUGCUGGAUGUUGUUACAAACUGAUUCACCUGAACUUAGCCAGGAAUCCAUUCAGCUACAGAAAGGUUCGGGGGGUGACCAGAAGUGUUCAAGAGUUCUUCAGUCUCAGCUGUGAACUAAAAUAUGUGGGCCUGUCUGCCACCAAACUACCUCCACAAGCUCUGAGGUUAUUACUACAGGGUCUGGCAACCAACACUCGUCUCUUCGGUCUGGAGUUGGAUGUCAGCAGCUGUGAGCUGCGUUCGGCUGGGGCCCAGGUGAUACAGGAGCACAUCUCUGAGGCUACAGCUAUCAGACGGCUGGAUAUCUCUGAUAACAAUUUUGAAAGCGACAUGGUGACUCUGGUUCUGUCGGUUGGUCGAUGUCCGUCACUUCAACAUCUUGCAUUAGGAAGAAAUUUUGCCAUGAAGUCCAGGUCUGGAUUUUUUGGGCGUGUCUUAAAGGGCAACCUCGUGAUGUCACGCAGCUGCCUUCAGUACAACCCUGCCCCCUGUUGCUCUAGUGGAAAAGAAAAGAAAUAUUGUUUCCUCGGUUCCAGGAAUGUUCAGGGUCGUGGGCGUGGUUUAAGCUCCUCCAGCGGACACGCCCCCAGCAUUCUAGACCAUGGCUAA